AUGCAACGACGAAGGUCCAACUUCAUUCCCCACCUGCAAGAUGAGCAUGGUGAUUUGCAUUCGGCGGAGCCAGUUAAAGGGGGUAUUUCAGUUGCCUAUUUUGAGAGUUUAUUCAGUUCUAAUGGUGUAGACCCUUGUGCUUUUGUUCAUAGUUUGAAUCUGCCCAUCAAAAUAUCAGCAUCUAUGAAUGAAAUGCUUACUAUGCAGGUUUCACGUGGUGAAAUUAGACAAGCUGUUUUUGUUAUUGGGCAAGGGCAAUCCCCCGGAUCUGAAGGUUUUACGGCGGGUUUCUACCAAAGAUUUUGGGACGAGAUAGGGGUGGCUGUCUCUGAUGCCAUUCUAUCCUUCUUUCAGUCAAGCCGGUUGUUGCAUAGUGUCAACCACACCUUGCUUACUCUCAUUCCCAAGGUUUCAAACGCUGAAUCCAUGAGGCAAAUGCGGUCGAUUGGUCUUUGCCAGGUUCUGUACAAAAUCAUAGCCAAAAUCUUGUCUUCCAGGCUAAGUGCAAUUCUUCCUCAGAUUAUUAGCCCUUUUCAAAAUGGAUUUGUAAAAGGUCGAUGUAUUUCUGAUAAUAUUCUUAUAGGCCAAGAAGUGAUGCAGUUUCUCAAAACCAAGAUCCGUGGACAGGACAAAUGGAUGGCACUCAAGAUUGAUAUGGAGAAAGCUUACGAUCGAGUGGAGUGGGAUUUCCUUUUUCAAGUGAUGGUGGCCUUAGGGUUCUGUGAGAAGUGGAUGAUUUGGAUCAAAUCCUGUGUCACAACUGUUCAUUUCUCAAUACUUCUUAACGAUGCGCAGUAUGGAUAUUUUCAGCCUCAUCGAGGUAUACGGCAAGGCGACCCGUUGUCCCCAUUAUUGUUUGCUAUCUACACUGAAGCUUUUGCUGCGAAAAUCUCCCAAGAGGUAGCUUCUUCUGCCCUCCAUGACUUAAGAAUUCACAGGUCAGCUCCUUCCUUGUCUCAUUUGAUUUUCGCCGACAAUUCCUACCUCUUCCUUAGAGCUUCUAUUCCCGAAUCUGCUAACCUGCUUCAGCUCCUUUCAGACUAUGAAUUAGUUAGUGGAUAG